CAUUGUUGAAAAUGGCCAGAACAAAGCAGACCGCCCGUAAGUCUACCGGUGGCAAAGCCCCCCGUAAACAGUUGGCUACUAAAGCUGCCCGGAAGAGCGCUCCUGCUACUGGGGGAGUAAAAAAACCUCAUCGUUACCGACCUGGUACCGUAGCCUUGCGAGAGAUCCGCCGCUACCAGAAAUCUACUGAGCUGCUCAUCCGCAAAUUGCCCUUCCAGCGCUUGGUCCGUGAAAUCGCCCAAGAUUUCAAGACCGAUUUGCGUUUCCAGAGUUCGGCCGUUAUGGCCCUGCAGGAGGCCAGCGAAGCCUACUUGGUGGGGCUCUUUGAAGAUACUAACCUAUGUGCUAUUCACGCCAAGAGAGUCACCAUCAUGCCUAAGGACAUCCAGUUAGCCCGGCGUAUCCGUGGUGAGAGGUGUGAGUGCUGCUUGAAGCGAUCAUCAAUCAUGUCAGGCCGAGGAAAACAGGGUGGUAAGGUGCGGGCUAAGGCAAAGUCUCGCUCCUCGAGGGCUGGGCUGCAGUUCCCAGUGGGCCGUGUGCACCGCCUGCUCCGCAAAGGCAAUUACGCUGAGCGGGUAGGAGCUGGAGCCCCAGUCUAUAUGGCCGCGGUGUUGGAGUAUCUGACAGCUGAAAUUCUGGAGCUAGCUGGCAACGCGGCGCGGGAUAAUAAGAAAACCAGGAUCAUCCCCCGUCACCUGCAGCUCGCCAUCCGUAACGACGAGGAGCUCAACAAGCUGUUGGGGAAAGUCACCAUCGCUCAAGGUGGUGUGCUACCCAACAUCCAGGCCGUGCUGUUGCCUAAGAAAACUGAGAGCCACAAGGCCAAGAGCAAUUUCGUUUUGGUUAGAAUGGCCAGGACCAAGCAGACCGCCCGUAAAUCCACCGGUGGCAAAGCCCCUCGUAAGCAGCUGGCUACCAAAGCUGCCCGGAAGAGCGCGCCUGCCACUGGGGGAGUGAAGAAACCUCAUCGUUACCGACCAGGUACCGUAGCCCUACGAGAGAUCCGCCGCUACCAGAAAUCUACUGAGUUGCUCAUCCGCAAAUUGCCCUUCCAGCGCCUGGUCCGUGAAAUCGCCCAGGACUUCAAAACCGAUUUACGCUUCCAGAGCUCGGCUGUUAUGGCCCUGCAGGAGGCCAGCGAAGCCUACUUGGUGGGGCUCUUUGAAGAUACUAACCUGUGUGCUAUUCACGCCAAGAGAGUCACCAUCAUGCCCAAGGACAUCCAGUUAGCCCGGCGUAUCCGUGGCGAGAGAGCUUAAAGGCUGCUCAGCCAUCUUCCAAAUGACCCAAAGGCUCUUUUAAGAGCCACUACAUUUACACUUAAAGGAGUUGUAGCAUGCCUAUAAGUGUUGUUCGGAGAUGGUACACUAUUGUAGGUAAGCUGCUUUCUAGUAUAAUGAAUGGCGUUUUCCAGUUCUGUAAAAUGCACGUAUUCCCUGUUAACUUCUAAAGGAAAA